AUGAGCGACCUCGACAGAGCGAUUGCGCAAUUGCGAGCAUGCCGACCGAUACCCGAGGCCGAAGUGCGGGAGCUCUGCCACAAGGCGAGGGAGCUGCUUAUCGAGGAGGGGAAUGUCGUCACAGUCAAUGCGCCGGUAACAAUAUGCGGCGAUAUCCAUGGCCAGUUCCACGAUCUGAUGGAGCUGUUCCGCGUCGGUGGUGACGUCCCAGACACAAAUUAUCUCUUCAUGGGCGACUUCGUUGACCGGGGCUUCUACUCCCUCGAGACCUUCCUACUGCUGCUCUGCCUCAAAGUCCGCUACCCAGACCGAAUGACCCUGAUCCGCGGCAACCACGAGUCGCGCCAGAUCACGACCGUGUACGGUUUCUACGACGAGUGCCUCCGAAAGUACGGCAGCGCAAAUGUCUGGCGCUACUGCUGCGACGUAUUCGACUACCUCGCCCUGGGCGCCAUCGUCCUCGGUGCCUCCAACACCCUCCCUUCCACCAGCGGCCAGACCGAGUCGUCGGCGAACAGCGACGAGGUCGAGAUUGAGGUGCACAACUCGGACGGACAGAUCAUCUCGCGGUUCCUGCGGCAAAAGGAUGUUGACAGGGGGCGAAUUAACAGCACUCCAACAAACGGCAACAGCACGCCAGUAACCAACGGCGCAACAUCAUCACCCUCUCCCACCCGCACCGCCGCCAAGAACAACAACCGCACCCCGACCCUCACCGGGCCCCCGGGUUCAGGCGCGUCCAGCUCCAGCGCCGGCUCCGUCGGCAACCCCUCGGGCGCCGUCCUCUGCGUGCACGGCGGCCUCAGCCCACUGAUCGAGAACGUGGAUAAGAUCCGGCUGCUCGACCGCAAGCAGGAGGUGCCGCACGAGGGGGCCAUGUGCGACCUGCUGUGGUCGGACCCGGACGAAAUCGACGGCUGGGGGCUGUCACCCCGGGGUGCGGGGUUCCUGUUCGGCGCCGAUAUCGUCCAGGUCUUCAACCGCCGCAACAACCUGGGCUUGAUCGCGCGCGCGCACCAGCUCGUCAUGGAAGGUUUCAAGGAGAUGUUUGACGCGAGCAUCGUGACGGUGUGGUCCGCGCCAAACUAUUGCUACCGCUGUGGGAAUGUGGCGGCGCUGUUGGAGCUGACUGAGGAUGAAUCUGGGAUGGGCGUGCUGGCGAGGAGUAAUGGGGAGGUGAAUCGGAGUGACGGGGGGAUGGGGACGGGUGGGGUUGGUGGUGGUGGCGGGAGACCUGGGGGUGGUGGUGCUGGGCAGAGGGGCGGGGGACUGUUGGACGACGAUCUGCCGCCGAGGAGGCCCGGGCCGGCGAGGAGGUACCGCGUCUUUCAGGCAGCGCCGCAGGACUCGAGGGGUAUGCCGGCCAAGAAGCCGGUGGCUGACUAUUUCUUGUGA